UCUGGACGAGGCCCUGUCCCAGGCCUACUAUCACAACAUAGCCAACAUGUCGCUGAGCAGUGUGCAAACCUACAUACCCAUCGAUAUACCCUUGCCCCUCUCCAUGACCCCCGAUGAGCAUCGACUGCUGGAGCAGGUGAAGCUCUCAGGCUUUCCCCAGAAGGUGCACGGCGUCUAUGUGCCGCGUCGCCAGCGCUACGGCUGGUGGCAGCUGGACGAUGAGCAGAAGCUGCGCCAGCUGCUCAAGACGCUCAACCCCUCGGGCUUGCGGGAACGGGAGCUGCAGGAGAAUCUGCAACGUUUCCUUAGCCUGGAGCAGCCGCUGGGCGUGAACUAUCAGCUGAAGCUGCAGGAGGCGCAACAGCUGGUGCAGGAGUACAUGCAACCGGAUCGUGCCGGCGACUGGAAUCCCAAGGUGGCCAAGCGUGUGGAGCUGGCGUUGCUGGAGCAACUGGAAUCUCUGGAGGAUAAAAUUGCCAGCGCCUCAAUGCAGCUCAAGAAUUGGCAGCUGCCCACGCGUACCGACAACGAAGUUCCGCUGCAGCUGGAGGAGCAGCUCAGCGAGGAAGACUUUGUUAGCAUCAUACCCAUGAUACGGGAACGCAUCAUCGAUCUGGAGGCCAACAUUGAGCGACGCUAUCUCAAGCCGCCACUGGGCAGCCAAACAGGCGAUGCGCAUCUGGCGGUCAUAGCUCAAAAUCAACAGACGUCAACGCAGACACAAAACUCAGCCUCGGCUGCGGCUUAUUUGUUGCAAAUGCAACAGCAGCAACAACAACAGCAACAGCAGCAGCAGCAACAGCAGCAACAAUUGCUGGCUCAGCAGCAGCCAGGCGGCAAUAUGAAUGCCUCUGCCUUCAAUGAGCGCACCAUGGCCUUGGCUGCCGCCGCUGCUGCAGCUGCGCCCAAUGCCAAUGCCACGCCCUGUGAGGCGGCGGCAGCAGCUAUCACUGCCGGCAACCUGGACUCGUGCUCGGGUGCCGCUUCGCCGGCCAGCAACUGCGACAGCGAAACGAAUGAAAAGAUCGAGAACAUACCCAAGGGUCUGGUGCAGUGGCGCGAUGCCGUCGCCCGCUCCCACACCACCGCCCAGCUGGCCAUGGCGCUCUAUGUGCUCGAGUCUUGCGUUGCCUGGGACAAGAGCAUCAUGAAGGCGAAUUGCCAGUUCUGCACCUCAGGCGAGAAUGAGGAUAAACUGCUGUUAUGCGAUGGCUGCGACAAGGGCUACCACACCUACUGCUUUAAGCCCAAAAUGGACAACAUACCCGAUGGCGAUUGGUAUUGCUACGAGUGCGUCAACAAGGCGACCAAUGAGCGCAAGUGCAUCGUCUGCGGCGGCCAUCGGCCCGCGCCCGUGGGCAAAAUGAUUUACUGCGAUCUGUGUCCGCGCGCCUACCACGCCGACUGCUACAUACCGCCGCUGCUGAAGGUGCCGCGUGGCAAGUGGUACUGCCAUGGCUGCAUUACGCGUGCGCCGCCUCCGAAGAAACGCAGCGCUGCCACAAGCGGCGGCGGCGGCAGCAGCACCAGCAGCAGCAGCAGCAAAUCGCGACGGGAUCGUGACUCGAGCAGCGCUGCCAAGCGACGUGGCAGCGACAAACAGCAGCUGCAUCCAGCCGGCGGCAGCAUGGAGCAGCUCUGCCUCAACGAUGUGCAGCACCAGCAGCAGCAGCAGCAGCAGCAGCAGCAUCAGUUGCUGCUGAACAGCUCACAGCAGUCGCUGAACUCAUCGCAUGAUGAGUCCAUGACAUCCUUGCCAGCGCCACUAAGUCCUGCUCAUUCGGUUGCCUCCGCCAGCUACGACGACGCGCAUCAUAACAACUCCAUUGAUGGCAGCCGCUUUCAGGCGCAUCUGGGCAACAACAAUGGCGUGCCGCUGGAGGAGAAUGCCAGCUUUCCCUCGGGCAUUCUGCCGCCCAGCAACUUUGUUGUUGCCUCUGUGCCGCAGCCCAUGCAAUUUGUGCCCAUGUCACCGCGCGCUGUCACGCCCACGCGCACACGAACGCCAACGCCUACGCCAGCGCCCACACCUACGCCACCGCCGCCGCCAGCGUUGCCUGCGCCCCUGCAGCUGCCAACGCCCAAUGCAGCGGCCCCUUUGCUGCUUCAAGCGUCGCCCACAUCACAUCUCAAUGUUGCCUGCCACUCGCCGCCCCAGCAGCAGCCGCAGUCGCAGCCUCAGCUGAUGCCCUCGCCAAGGGCGUGCACGCCCACGCCGCCAGCUGUAGCCGCUGCCAUGGCGGGCACACAAAUGUCGCCGCCGCCCAUCAACAUACACGCCAUACAGGAGGCCAAGGAGAAGCUGAAGCAGGAGAAGAAGGAGAAGCAUGCCACCAAGAAGCUCAUCAAGGAGCUGGCCGUCUGCAAGACGCUGCUGGGCGAAAUGGAGCUGCAUGAGGACUCUUGGCCAUUUCUAUUGCCAGUAAACACCAAACAGUUUCCCACAUAUCGCAAGAUAAUUAAAGUGCCCAUGGACCUAUCCACAAUCAAAAAGAAAUUACAGGACUUGAUCUACAAAUGUCGCGAAGACUUUUGCAACGAUGUGCGGCAGAUAUUCGACAAUUGCGAAAUGUUUAAUGAGGAUGAUUCGCCAGUGGGCAAAGCGGGUCAUGGCAUGCGCAAGUUCUUCGAGUCGCGCUGGACUGAGCUGACAGACAAGCACUCCUGAUGUCCCUAGCUAACACAGUCUACUGAAGCUGCAACUGCAACAACAACAGCAACAGCAGCAGCAGAUAUAACAGCAGCAACAACAAUUGUAGCAGAGACUGCAAUGGAAAUGCCACAAGCAGCACAAUUUUGGUAGAGAAGAGCACAGAAUUUGUAUUUGUAUAUAUAGCAAGCAGAAGCGAUUAGCUAUAGUUUGUAUUAUUAUGACCAGUUAUGCUGCAUACAACUAAUAUUUACACACACACACACACUCGUAUACAGAAUUACAUUUAGUGAUUAUGCAAGCGAAGAAAAAGUAUUCAACGUCCUAGGUUCGAGGGCAACUUGUAUAUGUCACACAUAUAGCCACGAACAAAACGUGUAUUUUGCCUAGAUAUUUAUAUAUGCACACCACACACACAGACACACUUAUAUAGUAUACAUAUACAGUAUAUAGAUUUGGUAAGCUGACAAAUUGAAAGCAAACAGUUUUUUGUAUGUCUUGAUCAGUAUUUGUGCUUACACAUUUGAUUUAUAUUUGUAAUUUUUAAACUAGGUUUUUAUAUAUUGUAACUCUAUUUUAUUUGAUAUAAAAAGUCACGAAGCGCUCAUUUAAAUUUUAAUUUGUAUUGUACUUAUAGUAACGGAUAUUUGUAAAUGUACGCAAGCAAGCACUAACUGUAACUGUAUUUAUAUAUAAACUACAACUAAAUUUAUGCUUAUACAUGAUAAUAAAACAUAUACUCAAAGUGACGAAGCAUUUUGUAAAUGAAUUCAAUAUUA